AUGGAGGUUAUUCGGUUUCUCGCGGACCGGAUUUCUGCUCUCUUUGGCGUUUCUGUCCCGCCUUAUCAUUUCAUCCAUGUUCUAGAUAACAAAACGAAUGUCACGAGACUUGUAACCGGACCGAUCACUUUUUAUAGAAAAAGUCAUGAAAAGAUUCUCAAUUUGGCCCAAAGGAUGAUUACGGUGACACCGAAGGAAUACUGCAUUAUCUCAAAUCCCGUGAAGACAGACGAAAAUAAUGAAGUUGUCGUAGACGACUUGGGCCAAACUCCGUUGGCUUACGGGGAUUUAGAGUACCGUUUUACCCAACCGAGUUUUCCGCUGUAUCCUGGUGAAGAGAUCAUGCAGGAGGUUACGACUCUUACGGUUCUUGGUCAAAACAAGGCAAUUUUACUCUCUGCUAUGGUAGCUUUUAAGUCAGAUGACGGCGUCGACCACGUGGCUGGAGAACAAUGGCUUUUCGAAGGUCCCGGCGUGUAUAGACCACGCAAGGAGGUCGAGGUUUUGUCGACAAGAGCAGCUCAAAUAAUCUAUCCAAACUCUGCUCUUUUACUGCGUGCUCUGGCGGACUUCAAGGACAAAGAUGACCGAAAACAUGUUUAUGGCGAGGAAUGGUUAGUGAAAUCGGUUGGUGCCUAUAUGGUAGGAGCUUACGAAGAAGUGGUCGACGUUAUUCAGGCCUAUCAUCUCGACGAAAAAACAGCUCUCCAUGUCAAAGCGAAACGAACUCACGUGGACGACUUUGGUAAGCGCAGACGACAUGGGGAGGAGUGGCUGAUCACGCACUUGGACGCCGAAAGCCAUAUCCCCAGCGUGGAUGAGGAGGUAGUUCAGGUGGUAUCACCCAUUGUGCUUUCCUCGAACACCUACUGUGUCCUUUGUGACCCAGUUGACGAUAAAGGGGUUCCGAAAAUUGGCAAGAAAGUUCUCAUCCAAGGCGAAAAGGCCUUUUUCUUAAUGCCGGGAGAGUGUUUGGAUGAUGGAAUAAAAAACGUCUAUGUACUUGGCCAAAAUGAGGGCAUCAUUCUUCGUGCCAUGGAGUCUUUCCAAGACGGAAAUACUGUAGGUCUUUCUCGUUUUUUUAUCCUUUAA